CCACGUUGUCAAACAGAAAGCCCAGGCUUGAGCUAAAACCCUCAUUCAUUUCCCUUCUGAAAAGAAACAGCUGAGGACAUCUGCUCUGAGCCAUGUCUGGACUGAACGCAUCUCUCGGAUACUUCCUGGCAUGUGUCAUUUUUGCAGCCUCGGUCCGAGCACUGCUUAAAAAAUGGCCACGGUUUAGCUUCAUGUUAGAGUUUGCCUCCUCUUUCAUGCUGGUGGGAUGCUGGCUGGAGGUGCAGACCAUUGUGGAGGUGGGUCAGUGGGCUGGGGGCUUGGGUCCUGAUGUGACUGUGACCAUACUGUUUGUGCUGCUGCUGACCCACGGCAUCAUCUGUGGUGGUGCAUCAGGGAAUCCCAACCUGGUUCUGCUGAAGUUCCUGCAGCUGGAGGCCACCACCCUGCCCACUCUCCUCGCUGUUGCAGCCCAGUUUCUUGGGGCCCACCUGGCCCUCCUUGCAGCUACAUUCUACUGGGGCCUGGAGCUGACAGACAUGCACAUGAUCAAAAACCUGAUGUCAAGCCAGUGCAGCUCAUCACUGCUGGUCUCUUUGCUGCAGGGUUUUUUCACUGAGUGUAUCUGUGCGCUCAUCUUUCACCUCGUCCACCUAAGCCUGAGACGCAGAUCUGCUCUGAUCCGGGUGCCCCUGAUCGCUGUCCUCCUCACAUUCCUGUCUCAGAUAGCCAGUGGCUACACCUCAGCUUACAUGAAUCCAUCCUUAGCCUACGGCCUCACCUUUCACUGUCCUGGAUUUACCUUAAAAGAGUAUGCAGUGGUCUACUGGCUGGGCCCUGUCACAGGCAUGAUGCUGGCUCUUAUCUUGUACAUGGGCCAUAUUCCAAGGAUCUUUGCCAGGAACCUUCUAUAUUUUCAGAAGACUCGUUUCAGAGUGCCAAAGGGGGACAAAGGAGAAAAGAAGAAAGUGUGAAAGAAAUUGCCUCUCUCUGUUUUAUAAAUCAACCCUUUAGGAAAGUACUUGACAACAAAUGGCCAGUGGUAAAAUCAGAUAUUUACUUUCAGUGAUUCAAGCCUGUACAGAAAAAAAAAAGAUCUUUGGAAGAAAAAUAAAGUAUUUUACUUGUUC